CCCAGUCCUUUUCCCCUCGCUCCCCCAUCCUUGCCGGCUCAACCGUGCGACAAGACAUCAUAGCAGACGGACAAGCUUGAGCUUCUAAAGAAGACAAAGACAAAAGAAAACCACUCGAAAUAUCCCGCGCGGUUUUCAUUGUUGCAUUCGUCAUCCUCCACCACGCAACGCAAUCCCAUCAGCCACCACCACCACCCCACCGAAACUCGACCUACAACCCUCAGCUGUUACUGCUACUCUCGCCGCCCGCACCAGCUCUCUCUCUCUGCUCUCUCAGUCGCCGUCUUGGCUGCAAAUACCAUCUUAAAAAAGCAAUAGAAAACUAACACUAGCUUUUGCGAAUAUCUACAGAGUUUACUGCUCUGCCCGCCAUCGACAUGGGGCCUGACCUGGGAGCCACGUUUGUGCCUGGCGGCUUCGAUGACUACUAUCUCCCCGAAGUCUACGCACCAAAGCCACAAAGAAACACCACACAGGCCACGGAAAACAUGGAGUCCGAGGUCAAAGCAGAGCUGCAGGGCGACAGCCAGCCUGCCGCACCAGCUGUUACUACACCCGCGAUCCCCGAGCUCGGCAGCAACAGCACACCCCCACGAAUCUCUGCUGCCACACUCGACGUGAUUCCUUCCAGCGAUACCGACCGACGACUAUCUGAUGCUAUAAGCAACCUGUCCGUCGAUACACCAAGCUUUUCUCCGUUUCCCAAAGUCUCGGGCGACAACAUCCCACCCGGUGACGAAGCCAAAGAAGAAAUCCUCUGGAAUGCCCGUAAGAACGUCAUACACUCGCAGGAUAUUGAUGCUCAGAUUGCCUGGGCCAGAGAUGUACUCAGCUGGGCUGAAGUCUCCGCUGAGGCCAUUACGAGGGAAGCUACGAAUGCUGGCAAGCCGCGGGCAUCGACACCGCGCAUCGAGCACGAGCUGCGUAUCGACGCCAUCAGCAUCAUUGAGCACCUAGCCAAGCAGUCGCACCCUGAUGCGCUGUACCUACAAUCCAAAUGGUACGAGUUUGGCAAAUUCAACCACCGGGUAGACAAGCGCGAAGCUUUCAACGGAUACAAAAAGGCCGCCGAGAGCGGCAGCAAGCGCUCCGAGUACCGCAUGGGCAUGCUUUUUGAGCAGUCCAACGACGUUGUGCGCGCAAAGGAACACUAUUUCAAGGGCAUUGAUUACAACGACUCGGCCGCGCUCUACCGGAUGGGCAUGAUGAGCUUGCUGGGCCAGCAUGGUGAGAUUCGCGACUAUCACGCUGGUCUGGAGCGCCUCAAGGCUGCAGCCAACACCUCGGACGAAGACGCCCCCCAAGGAGCCUACAUUUAUGGCAUGCUGAUUGCCAGAGAUCUCCCAGAUAUCCCUGUGCCAGACGAUAUGCUGACACACAACGUCGAGACUGCCAAGUCGUAUAUAGAAAAGGCGGCAUACCAAGGUUUCGCAAAGGCGCAACUGAAGAUGGGCCAAGCAUACGAGCUGUGUCAAUUGGGUUGCGAGUUCAACCCGUCGUUGUCUCUGCACUACUACGGCCUGGCUUCCAAGCAAGGCAUUCCCGAGGCGGCCAUGGGUGUCAGCCGCUGGUUUCUGUUUGGCUUUGAUGGCGCUUUUAAAAAGAACGAAGAGCUGGCCUAUAAGUACGCACAGGAAGCCGCUGCAGCCAAGCUCUCGUCGGGCGAGUUUGCUGUGGGAUACUAUUAUGAGAUUGGUAUUCAUGUUACCAAGAGUAUUCCUGAAGCUCGCAAGUGGUAUCAGCUGGCUGCCGACCAUGGCAAUGCCGAUGCACCCGCUCGCCUGGAGUCACUGAACCAGGACAAGACCCUGUCUAAGAAGGAUCACGAGACAAUUACCCUGACGCGCAUCAAGUCACAGCACGGCUCUCAGCGCGGGGCCAGACCUGAGCGCUUCCGCCAGCGAUCUGACGGCGGCUUUGGACAGGGUUCGGCACUGCCUACGCUUAGCGAGCAGCCUCAGGACCAGUAUCAGCAACAGCAACGCAGACCUGUUUCUGGCAGUGUGUCUCCGGCGACGGCAGCCUCCAGUUCCCCUCCUCGACCGACACCAGCAUUCAACAUUCGCCUAGACUCGCACAACAACCCCCUCUCGAGCGGCCGCCCAGCCUCGGCCAUGCCAUAUCCUGAUGAUGAGCCUGCACCGCUCAAUCUGACACGGCCGCAAUCUGUGGUAUCAGCUGUGUCGGCACCGUAUCCCGACGAUGAAGCUCCUCGCCCGCUAACACAAUCUUCGACUUCCACGUUUCUCGGAGCACACCCUGGUCCACAGGCUGACCGCCCGGGUAGCGCCUUUGGUAUCAAAGUUGACCACGGACCUGGGCCGGGCAACCUGCCACACUCGCAGUCCAUGGGCAACAUGUAUCCUCAACAGCAGCCGCAGCCUGGCCGUGGUAGAGUAACCUCUGCCGGUUGGGAGCCCCAGCUUCGACCAGCGGGCGCCAGUGCAGGUUAUAGACAACCGAGCCCUGGCCCGCCUGGGCCCCAGCGACCUGCAUCUGCUCAGUAUCCUGGUGGACCACAGCAAGGAGGGCCUCCUCCUCCCUCUGGCCGCGAUUCGCUGCCAUCAGCAAACGGCCGCUUGCAAAAGCCCCCGCCCAACAACUGGCAGCAGCAACAGCAACCACUGCAACAUCAUCAACAACAACAGCAUAGCCAAGGCCCGCCACCGCAAAAUCCUGCGUACCAAGGCGGUGGUGGCGGUCCGGAUCCUCGCAUGACACCCGGUGCCUACGACCGCAACUCUCGCAAGCCUAUCAAUGCGCCCCCGGAUCGCUUCAAUUCGGCCCCGGUACCUAACAACCGGCCGACAUCGAACCUGCCUCCACGGGCAUCGACGGGCAUGGGCCCUCCUUCUCAGUCUGGCCGUCCUGGUCAAGGUCCUGGCCCAGGACGCCCAGGACCUGGACAGCCAGGACCUGGAGGUAAGAUGGGGCCCGCGACGUUUGAGGACAUGGGCAUUCCACAGGGCAAGCAUGAAGGCGACUGCGUCAUCAUGUAAAAAGAUGCGACCACAGAACGGCAUUUAUGUUUGUUAUCCAUACCUUUUUAUACUCUAUACAGAACGCAUGCGUCCACGCAACGCAAAACCCCUGCACCAGACGGGAAAGUUUCCCUGUCUGCACGGCCGCAUUUUCCAUUAUGAAUGAACAGCAUUGAUUUUCUUCCGCGGGUAUAUAUUAUAUAACGAAGAAAAAAGACAUAUAGGCAGACAGAACCGCUGUCUGGUAGUAGGAUUACUUCUGGAUAGGAUUACCUUUUUACUUUUUCUUCGUCUGCAUUAAAAAAAUAACGAUAAUAUAAAAUAAGGGCGAAGCACCAAUACCUUGUCACCACACACACUCUUUCAUUAUUCACUCUCGCUUUGUAAUGUACUGUCCUUCAUCUCCCGGCG